AUGCCACGACCAAAUCGAUCACCAUUAUUCUUUUAUGCUCGUGAAUAUCAACGUCGUCAUGGUCAACGAAUGAAUAUACAUGAAGCCAUAGCUGCAUGUUAUGAUGAGUGGAAAGCAUUAUCCGAAGAAGAAAAACAACCAUAUAAAAUUCAGUAUGAAGAAUGGCGUAUACAAUAUCGAAUAGAUCCUGAAUCAGCGCAUACAUCAAAUCAACAAGGAAAAAUCAAAAAACAAAUAAUACAUGAUAAAAUUCUUCAUGAACGUGAUAUACCAUGUGAAGAAUUAAAAACUCAUUAUGAUCGUUUUAGUUUCGAAAGAAAUUUUUUAACAUGUGAAUAUUUACCACUUGAUAUAAGUGAAUUGUUAUCAAUGCCAAUAUAUAUAAUUAAUUUUCAAAUAUUUUGUAAAGUUGAUGAAGAAGAUGGAGGACAAUUUAUUCCAGCUGAAAUGUGUAUUCUACGUUAUACAUUAAAUGAAGGUGUAACAAUUUAUAGACAAAAUUUUUUUAAACCUGAUAAAAUUCCAUCAGGUUAUAUGUCAUCAUGCUUAGAACAUUUAAAAGAAACACAUCAAAUUCCAUUAAAGGAUUUUACAGAAGCAACAGAUAAUUAUAAAGAAAUCUAUUAUGAAUUAAAAUCAUUUCUUUUAUUAACUGCAAUCAAUAAAAUAAAUAAUACUUCGAAUAAUGAUGAUCGAGCACGGCGACGAUAUCUUCGAUCAAUUCAACCAUGUGUUUUUUUUCCUGCAUUAGAGUAUGAACAAACUUGUGGAAUACUCGAUUGGUUACAAGAAAAAGCUGAAGGAAUAAAACCAACAAAAGAUACACGUUUGGUUAAUUUAGCAAGUAUUGAAUCAUUAAUUAUGAUUUUAGCUGAAUUAAGAAAAUAUCGUGUAUUACGUGAUGACAUACAAAAAACAUUUGCAAAUGCAGCUUAUUCAUUUAUGAUUGAAGAACGUUGUCCAUAUCAUAAUCAAUUGGGUAUAAGCCAUUGUUCUGUAGCACGAUGUCAUGCCGGAGCAAAACUUAUUUCUGCUUAUUUAAAUCAAUUAUAUAUACCGGAAAGACCAACAUCAACAACAGGAAGACAUUCUCAAAAUUCGUUUGUAAACAAAACAAAUCAAUCAUCGAUAGAUUCAAUGAAUACUAUACCAAAACGAGUGGAACAAUCUGUAGCAGUUAGACCUGUCAAUAUAAAUGAAAAAUCGAUUCCAAAUCAAUAUUCUUCAACAGAAACAACUGAUUCCAUUGCUACAUCAUAUUGUCCAUAUGAUCAAAGACAACAAAAUGAAUGUUAUCAAUCAAAUAGUGCAAUUACAAAAUUACAACAACAAAAUUUUCAUCGUUUACUUUCAAAUGCUGAAUCUACAUUUUCUACAAAUAAUAAGAAUUUAUCUGAAUAUAUAACUGACGAUAAUAGUCAAAUAAGUAAUCAUUCCGAUAUGCAACGAACUCUUUUAAAUCAACGUAAACAAGUUUUACUCAACGCUAUUCAAAGUAUUGACAAACAAAUAGAAGAACUUGAUAUACAUGCUGAUGAAUAA